AUUACGUUGACGACCAGUAAAUCCGGGUGGAAGCAAAGUUUUUUGGAGACUGAAAAAACACGUAGCCAUCCCGGAAUGUUUGCAAACUGCUAAAGACUGCCCGUGAGGGGAAUGUAAAAUACUGUUCUUUGGAUAUAUUUGGCGCAGAAGAGGCAUGUGCGGUUGUCUUGCGCAUUUUGGAUAGAGAGGAGUUUGAUCCAAGAGUGAUCCAAAACAGCGCAGUAGAGGCUCUGAGGGGGAUUGGAAUUUACCGGUGACAAGGAAAAAGAAGAAUCCUCCAACUACAUGGAGCAGGCCUUUUAAAACAUUAGAAACCCACAAUUUCUUAGGCCUAUAUGAAAAUAACCUUCAGGAGUGACUGAACUUUGUGCGUUAUCUGCGUGCCAUGGCAAAAAAGUACGAUUUUCUGUACAAACUGUUACUCAUCGGAGACAGUGGAGUGGGAAAAACGUGUCUUAUCAUCCGUUUUGCAGAAGAUAAUUUCAACUCUACUUACAUUUCCACCAUUGGCAUCGACUUUAAGGUGAAAACCAUUGAUGUGGAUGGAAGGAAAGUGAAACUGCAAGUCUGGGACACAGCGGGUCAGGAGAGGUUUAAGACGAUAACCACUGCCUACUACAGAGGAGCCAUGGGCAUCAUCCUGGUCUAUGACAUCACGGACGAGAAAUCCUUCGAAAACAUUCAGAACUGGAUGAAGAGCAUCAAAGAAAACGCGUCUGCUGGAGUCAGCCGGAUGUUACUCGGUAACAAAUGUGACAUUGAAGCCAAACGGAAAGUUCCCAAGGAAACAGGAGAAAAGUUGGCUAAAGAUCAUGGAAUCCGGUUCUUUGAGACAAGUGCAAAGUCUAGCAUCAAUGUAGAUGAGUCCUUUCUGGCUUUGGCGAGUGAUAUUCUUCAAAAGUCCAGCAAGAAAACAGGUCCUAGUGGUCGAGAGGUCAAAAUCACCAGCAGUACAGAGAAAAAGGCUUCCAAAUGUGCUCUUCUCUAGACACUCACAUGGCCAUUAAAGGACACUUCACUUUAGCUUAAAACACAUAUCACGGUUUGGCUCCAUCUUGUGGCGAAAUGUAAAAAUGUAAAAAUUGUUUGGUGUACUUUUAAAGAGGCAGACAGUUUUUAAGGCUUUUCUUAUACUGUAACUUCACUUUUUUUUUUUUUUUUCAGUUUUCAGAUUGCUUUGAUAUUCUGGCCAGAUAGGAAAAUCACACAGCUUAAACAAUUUACAAUUUAUGACAAAUCCAUCGUAAAGGGAAGACAUUUUGUAUAUAGUCGACAUAAAAGGGCCCGUAUCGCGCUGUUAAAAUGCUGUUUCCUCAUCACAAACAGACCUGGAGUUGUGUUUUGCAUCAUUCACACAUUUUUAACUUACAAACCCUGCAUAUUUAGGUUGAGCUCUUCUCUCAGGCUGACAACACUCUGUUCCACCUUGUGAUGUCAUCAUGUGGUAAUACAGGAAGUGCUCCACUGUGUUUUUAAACUUACGUACACCUUCAUGAGAGUCAUUUGGAUGAUUUCAGACCUGGAAUAUCCCAACUCUACUGAACAAAAGAGUUACAGAUAGAUGUUAACUUGAAAACUACCACUUCAUGACAUCACAAGGUGGAACAGAGCAUUCUGAGCUUUGUGUGAAUGAAACAAAACACGACUCCAGGUAUGUUUUUGAUGAAGUAACAGCAGUUUAAUGUGGCUUAAAGCUCUCAAGACUCAAAUUUACACGAUACAGGACCUUUAAGGAUGAAAAUAGGAAAUAAAUGCUAUUAAAAUACUUUACACCCAACUAAACACAGGCGCUAUAGCUUUGAAUCCAGUAGAGUGUAUUGUCUUAUGAAGGCGUGGAGAAAGUGGUAGAGUGAAUAGAGAAAAGUGGAACAUGAGAUGAGUGGGCGUAUGAACAAUAAUGGAUUAUAGGAUGUUAAUAGCGGUGCUCCUGUGAAUGGAGACAUUGUAGUGUGGAAGAAGUGCUUUGAUAAAUGUCUUUUCAACAGCUGUCUGAAGACUGCAUUUGAAUUUGAUCUGAUGUUUGACCACAGUGUGUCCAUGAUCACAAAUAUCUGUGUUUUAUUUCAGUUACUUUGUGUGUGUAUUUGCACACGUCACACCCCUGCUGAAUUAAAGUUCUCUUUGGCUUUGUA